AUGUCCACAGCAUACACCUUCCAAUCCCCCUCCGUCACACUCGAAAAAGGCGCGUAUCGCAUGCGCGCACCUCACAGUACACGUCCAGGCUCUUCCCUCACCCAAAGCCUAAUGAGCGCCAAACAGCCCCCACUCCACACUAAAAACAGAAAACUUGCGAUCCUCAUCAGCAUUCUAGCUUUCGCAUCCAUCACAUGCUUUUUCAUCGCGUACCAUUUAUUCACUACGAGGUUCGCUCCCACCUCCUUCUAUGUGCACCCACAACCGCACCGCGCUGACGCCCUCCCCAAAGUAAACCCACCCGCUCAUAUUAAUAUUAAUUCACACGACCCCCAAACCAAAUACCUCUCCUACCUCCCCCAUAGUGGCUUACAUAACCAACGCAUCGCACUCGAAAACGCACUCAUACUCGCCAAGCUACUUAAUCGCACCCUUCUUGUUCCUUUUCUCCGUCUCGGCAAACCAAUUCGAUACGUUUCAUUCCACAAACUCCAACGAUUCCUCACACUCGGUUCGAAAACCGGACUAGAACACUGUCCGCUCGUCCCCAUAAGCACACCCACCCCCCUCGAAUGUUUAGGGUACGAAGAAUGGUCUUUUAUACCAUGGGACCAGAUCGUCGAUCUCCACUUGCUGGGAGACAAACUCGGUGUAAAUAUGAUUCAAUGGGACGGAAGCCCAGCUGCAGAAUGGAUGAAAAUGUCAAAGCUGAAUACCAAUACCAAUACCACUAUCCUCGACAGAGAUACCUUAACGUUACAAGACGUUGGACCUUACGAUUUUCGGUUCUUGGAUACGCUUGAUGAUGUAUCGCCUAUACGGGACAAGUAUCUCCGUUCAAUCUACAUCCCUGCACUUGCUCAGGCACCCGAGAGAUUGCUGCAGAUCGGCACGUUGUUUGGGUCGUCAAGGCUUAAGCUUCGAGGAGCUGCGAGUAAGACCGUGCGGAGGGAUGUAAGGCGCGGUAUGGCGUUUACGAACUCAGAUCUUUCUCGUGUGGCCGAUACGAUACAUGAAGCGUUGGGCGGAGUCUACAUCGGUGCGCAUCUCCGCGUCGGCGACGGCCAAUUCGAGGAACUCGGAGCCUUGAAUGCGAGACUAGUCUGGUGGAAACUCGUGCACCUGGUUUGUGGACUUGAUCUCGAGGAGACUCUCGCGCUCGAACAGCAGAUCAACCCUUUCGCUAUCGACGAGGACCUUGAUCCGCCGCUUCUUCAUCCGGAUAUGCCGAGUCUCAGGGUGCCUCAUCCGCCUUUGCCUCCUCUGCCGCAUAUGUUCAAACACAGGGAGCGAUGUCGUGCACCUCUCCAUACCUCGGCCGAAUUGCAGAAACUGAACGCCCCUCUUUUUAUCGCUACUGACUCUCCGAAUCCUGCUGCCGACCCGCUGUUUUCGAUUUAUAUGAAGACGUUCCCGUGUAUAUUCUUCCUUUCGGAUUUUGCCUCCCGCCUGACUCCUCUGGACGCAUUGACCAAUCCGUAUGACCAGGUACCGCUGAAGGGGUUUUUGAUACCGGUGCUGGAUGCGAUGGUGUUGGCUGGAGCAAGAGAGGUUGUUGUUACCGAUGGGAGUACUUUUGGAGCGUUUGUGGGGGAUGUGCUGUGGAGGAGGCAUUGGGGAUUCGAGAUCGUGCAAAGGGGAUAG